AUGUAUGCAUGGGUUGGGCGUCGAACACCCUUGCGAAAUUUGUGGCAACUUCGUUUAUAUGGGUUGACGGAUUCGACAAGCGUUUCAGAGAGGCUACUCAUAUGCAUGGUCAAGUGUUUGAGCAUCACAGCAAACACCAACUUAUUCCGAGAAAUCACCGGAAUUGACCAGGCCAUGCGCCUCUGGGAGCGACUCGAAAAGGGGCGGGAGCGGGACUCUCGGGACAAUGUUGUCCAUAUGGAGGACGUGGAAGGCAACGUAAUGCCGGAGAGAGUUUACUACGAUCUCCAAAAGCAAGGCAUUCUUCAACUGGGCUGGCCCAUCGUAUCUAUAUUACUUUACCACAUUUUGCUUUGA